GUCCGGCAGCACAGAGCAGUCAGAUACACCGCAGUGGACCACCGACUUCUUUCCACAACACCACACAACACAUUUGGCUCGCUCACAUUCCAGAGACACGGAGGCGUAACCAGGAGAAGAAUCGUGAAAAAAAGGAAAGACACUCUUUUGUCUCCAUGGACACUCAACUUCCUACAAGCACUUCUUAGUCUGUGUAGCACAGCAGCGGGUCCCUAUCAUCCUUUUAAUAAUUCAUCCGGUCUUUCUCCGAGCCUUGAGCCUGCAGCGCUCACCAACUUUUCCUCCUUCAACUUUAACGUGGCAGCGGUCGGCUAUUUCUGCAAGUCUUAUUUUAUACUUCCAACGCUUGCCACCAAGACCAAGAAGACGAUACAGGUUGAAGCACUUUGUGGGUGUGUGUGGGGGAGAGUUGGAGAAAGGUGCUUUUGUGUGUAAAUAUGUAUAUGUGUGUUUGGAUGAAGGGCAUCGUGCUGUGAAAGUGGACACUUUUUCGACUCUUUUUGGAUUUGGGACUUGAAACUGACUGAAUGUGCCAAAUAGUGGCUUAAGAAGCGUUCUGGAGAUUGCAAGGAGGCUCGUAUGGAACGUAGUUCUCAUUUGUGAGAUUUAUUGGUGAAGAUACUGUCUGUGCUGUGCUAAGGCUGUUGUAGGGGCAGUCUGCACCCCCUUUCCUCAGAUUCUCUUUGACCAUGGCUGGCUGUGCCAGCCGCUGCAGACAGGGGGUGCUAAAGCUUAUGCAGUCCCUUCAGAGACUCGUCUCGGGAACCCUCAGUAAAGAUAAGCUAGAUGAUGAAUUGGAGAUGACGAUGGUUUGCCACCGGCCGGAGGGUCUGGAGCAACUCGAAGCACAGACAAACUUCACCAAGCAAGAGCUGCAAGUCCUUUACAGAGGUUUCAAAAAUGAAUGCCCAAGUGGAGUGGUGAAUGAGGAGACCUUUAAACACAUUUACGCACAAUUUUUCCCUCAUGGAGAUGCCAGCACAUACGCACAUUAUCUCUUCAAUUCAUUUGACACCAGAAAUGAUGGAUCUAUAAAGUUUGAGGACUUUGUGAUGGGACUGUCCACACUACUACGUGGGACGGUCAGAGAAAAACUUGAGUGGACAUUUCAUCUCUAUGACAUUAACAGUGAUGGAUUUAUCAGCAAGGAAGAAAUGACGGAGAUAGUGAGGGCUAUCUAUGACAUGAUGGGCAAAUACACGUACCCUGCUUUAAAAGGGGACGUACCAAAGCAGCAUGUGAAUGCCUUCUUUGAGAAAAUGGACAGGAAUAAAGAUGGGGUCGUAACAUUAGAGGAGUUUGUCCUCGCCUGCCAGGAGGAUGAAAAUAUGAUGAGAUCCAUGCAGCUCUUUGAAAAUGUGAUGUAAAGAAGACCUAUAAAGAAAGCAAGAGGAUUGUAUAUACAGUAUAUUCAGUGAACAAAGUUGAACUUGGGGCAUUGUGAGAUGACAGAUGCAUGAGAAUCUGCCUUUUUUAUUUCUCUCUCUCUGUUUAAACCUUGUCAAAUAUUUAUUGUUGUUUCUUGUGAGCACUGAUGUUUUGGGAAGUUACCAGCCAAAACUCCAUGAUCCUGUACUCCCAACAGAUCAUCAGAAGACUGCAUAUGUUUGUAAAGGCAUUGAGUUAUGUCUGGCCAUCAGAUCUUCAACCUUCUCCCCAAAAGAACAUCACAUUAAACAUCUCAGGCUUUUUUCGUUUGCUUGAGUUCAGGACUCUGCAUUUGGUCUACUGGAACUGCAUUCUGUGGAAGACGACCUCCUUUGCUUGCUUUUUUGUUAAAAGAGCUUGCAUGAUUAAAACCAGCGGAUAUGUUCCCUAUGAGUUGCUUGAAAAUAACAUUAGCCUUCCGAAAUCUAAGUUGAUUUUCUUAAUGUGUAUAUUGGCCUACAUUUCAUGUUUUCUUAAUGGCAUGGGGUUUGUGGGAUACCUAAUGAAUAGUCUUGUGUUGUCAGUGUUAACAAUGUUCUUUGUAGGUUAUUACUGUCUAUAGUUCACCCGCUUAUGUUUGUCUGUCCUAGUACCUGCCAAGCCAUUUUUGUCCUUCAGAUCAUAGUAAAUAAGAUGACACUAAGCCCAAAGUAUGUGUGUGCGUAGGUUUUGCUAUGUUUGUGGGAGAAAGGUUUUGCAAAUGUUCUCACAAAUAUAGUUGCACAUGAUGAAAAGUGACUUUUGAAGUGGUUUUUAUUAUUUGAAAGGCUUAAAAAUCAGACAGUAUGGCCAACAUGAUAUGUGUGCGUGUGCGCAUGGCUUUUGGGUUUUCCUUAUAGUGUUACUUUUUCAAACAUGUUUUGUAGCAUACAGAACUGCAUACUAAACCAUUCUGGUGGAUUGCUACAAAUCUGAAUCUGCACUAGAGUUGGGAAUCCAAAAUCGAGUGUGUGUGUGCUUGCGUGCGGGCGUGCGUGUGUGUGGGUGUGUGCGUGCGUGCGUGUGUGUGUGUGCGCGCGCGCGCAUGCGUGCGUGUGUGUUGUUCGUGCGUGUGGAUAUAAAAACAAUUUAUUGUAAGCAUAAUUUCUGUAUGUAAACUUGACAAGUGACAAUCCAGACCUCCAGCUAUCCCAUGUAACCCAAAAUAGAGUUUUAACAAGAAAAUUUAAGAUAAAUGACAUGAAAUGAAUGUUAUGAGUUAUAUAGCAGACGGUCAAGUUCAAUCAUUAGAAAUGUAAGCCAUGUACAUAUUUGGUGCCACAUAAAGAAAUGACCGAGGACGCAAAUACAAACUGUGAAACUAUCAUAAAUAUCAGUCAACUAUGAAUAAAAAACAUUCGUGGAAUAACCAC